AAUUCCCACCUCUCCACCUUUGUUUGCCAAUCACUUGCAUAUGCUUUCUAAUGAAAUAUAUCUCAUCAAGCUUCUGAUCAAUUCUGCAUAGCUAGAGAGCUUCUCUGCUUCUACAACACUAUAAUUAAUAAGGAAACAUGAAGAACUACUCAUCACUGGUACUCCGCCGGGUUUUGCUUCUUAUGAUGAUCUUUCUUGUUGCUGAGAGCCUUCGCGUGUCGCCUCAGUACCAAUGGGAGAAGCAUGGAACCUGGAGAUCCAGUACGGUCCCAAGGAAGGAAGAAAGGAAGAGGUGGUAGGGAGGAAGCUGUACGCAACACGAACAGGGUCGAGCUUGCCAGAUUGUUCCCAUGCCUGUGGUCCAUGCUUCCCUUGCAAGAGGGUGAUGGUGAGCUUCAAAUGCUCCACGGAGUCUUGUCCAAUUGUUUAUAGGUGCAUGUGUAAAGGGAAACACUACCAUGUACUUUCUAAUUAAUUUCCACGGAGAUG